ACGCAUUUUGCCUCGUCAUAACAACCAGUGAUAAUUCAACGUUAUCAAAUUAUCAUAUUUGCAAUUAAAGAUAACAAACACUGGAUGCAUGAAAGCUGUACGCACAUAUAUAUGUUGUAUGUUUAUUACCUUUUUACCUUUUUGCUGAAGAAGAAAUGUGACAACAUGAACGGUACCAAUGCAGCUAGGAAUUACACUGACUCGUUUUCAACAGUGGUUGUAAUUGAGUCAAUCGUUAGUUGUAGUUUAUCUAUUCUAGGAUCAUUCGCGAUAUUUGGAUCUUAUAUUCUUCUACCGGAAAUUAGAAAUUCUACCAGGAAACUAGUCACGUGUCUUACAAUAGCAGAUUUUCUUACUGCAUUAGGAAUCAUUACAUCAGCGAUUGCUCAUCUAGUUGGUACACAAAAAGACGUGUGCAAAACACAAAGCGGAAUAACAACAUAUUCUAGUCUCGUGUCAUUCUUUCUUACUGUUGCCAUUGCGAUUCAUAUCUUUUCAACUGUAGUAAACAGAAACGAUAAAACCUCAUCGUGGCAAUAUCUCGUAAUUACUAACAUCAUAAGCUGGUUAUGUCCAGGAGUUAUUAUUUUUCUAGCUAUAGAAAAUGAUGUUCUUGGUAGUGACAAAACAGAAAACGUGGGCACAGGUACUUGGUGUUGGUUAAAAAGGGACGUUAAAGACUAUAUGUUUUGGAUGUUUUUGACUGGAAAAGGUUGGGAAUUGUUGUGCUACUUGCUGACGACGUCCUUAUAUGUUCUUCUGAAAUUCUACUUGCUAUUAAAAUUCAAGCGACACCAGUUCGAAGAGAUACACGAAAGUCUCAGAAACUACGAUCAUAACUUCUUGUAUGUUUGGUUUAUACUUUAUCUACUACGUCUUUGGGGUACCAUUCGAUCGUUUAUGAAUUUGACAGGAGUGGAUAAACAAAGUCCUGGUGUUGAAAUAUCCAACGUGUUCAUGCAUAUGCAAGCAAUAGGUGAUCCAGCUCAAGCUUUCUGCAAUUUUAUCUUAGUCUGCAUCCUUGACAAACCUGUUAGAUCAGUUUUGUUUGGCGACUGCGGUAGGGAACCUUCCCGUUCAGAUAGAGGUUUGCUUGGAGAAAACACCACAGGUAUCUUCACAGACGCUAGAGAUGUAGGUAGUGCAACUAACGUACAACGCCGAAGUUAUGGUAGUCUUGACCUAAGUUUCUAAAUGUUUGUGAGCCACUUAAUGUUGCGAUGGAAAUGACAAUACAAGUAACAUUUGCUUGAGUUGAAAACUCCUACAUUUUGCAAACUAAGUUACACGAAAUAAGAAUAUACAAUUUGGAUGUUCAGAAUAUCUUCAUAUAUGUUUUGUUUGUUUUCUAUUACUUUUUAUAAUUAAUCUGCUCAUGUGUAAAACAAUUUUUCAAGUACUUUACCAUUAGGGAAUCUUGUAUUUAACGGUGUAAUAUAUUAAUAUCUUUUAAAAGAGAUCAUCGAUGUUAAUUUAGUACAGUCAAGAUUAUUGAUAUACUUUAGAAUAUUGUCAAAUACAAAUAAAAAAUAAAUAAUUAAAUGAAUAGUUUAAUCGUGGGAAUGAUAACGAUCUAAAUGCUUUACAUGAAAUAUAAAUUUGAUGUAACCUAAUUAAUAUAUAUUUACAUUAUAGCUUAAUCAUACAUUGUUCCCUUAAGACCACCCACUGACACACCCAGAAUAAAGCUUGAUUGCGGCAAUGUAAUUAGACCUUACUAUUAAUUUGUUGGUGAUAUUGAUUAAGAGGGUGUAUGGGGUAAAAUGUUUACUGUAAAAGACAAAAAUCAAAAUGAAUUUCAAAAUAACAAGGAGUAUCUUUAAAAUAAAUACUCGUCCGAACUAAUAGUAAUUAUUUUACUAAUUUUACAAUGGCCAAUCAGAUUCUGAGAUUUCAGAUUGUAAUUUUAAAAUGAUCAAUUUGAUUUUUACAAUAUGUUCUUCCCUGUAAAUUUUACAGGAAGUCAAGUUGAAAACAGACCGACCUUCGGCCGGAAUAAAAUAGUUUGCACUUCUAUCAUUACACCGAAAUUUGAAUAUUUUUCAACAGUGUAGACAAAUUUUAUUAGUCCAAAUAAAGUGUUAUAUUCUAUUUAUAACCAAUGACUCUGUUUUAUUUGAAUGAACAAUAUGAUUGUUAAAUAUCAAAUUAUUCAGACAUAAUGAUAUAAAAUGGGCGUUCAUUGGCUGAAAAUUAAGAUCUUACUUUCAAACCACUUAUCCCUCUAUCUGUGACUUCGAAUCCCGUCAAUGACUUUGGAUUCUUCAUUGUGCGAAUGUUUUCUAACUAGAUCACGGGACGUCGGUGGUUCUACUCAGAUGCCCGCUCAUGCACAGAGGGACAUCUUAGGUCAUCUUCCUCCGCCAAGUAAAGCUGAAAGUUGCCAAAAUGACCUUUACAGUUUUAGUGUUAACUGAAACCAAACCAAAUAGAUAAAGAAAAUGAUAAUAUUGUGUUUCCUAUAAUUUUCCUACACGGAAAGGUUAUAUUACGAGAAAUAGGUGGGCAUGAUAUUUAGAAAAAUGAAAAA